AUGACCACUGUGACUUCUACGAGGCAAGUCUUCCCCACUGUACUGGCGUCGCCACUAUUAUGUGAACAGUUCCACAAGUACCCCCUCGGCGACCAAGACGAAGGCGCUCCUCGGCGAAUUGGCUUCCCCUCGAAGGACAAUACCGACUACGACUUCAUCCCUCGUCCCAUAGAGCCCAGUCCUCCCGGCGGCCCUGUAUCCGAGCAAGAAUUUCGCAACCGCUUCCACAAAUCCUGCGACGACCAGGGAGUCGUUGCCAGUCUGCCGGAGAGGAAGACUCCGCUCAAUAUGCAGGAUGGCAACCGGGAGAUUUUCUGGGGCAUAUAUGCCCGAGAGCGUCGUAGCUUUGCUCGCGUGCUGGCUUAUGGAUUCUCGGCUAACGUGCCCGGGAUUGUGGUCUUCUUCCUCUGGUUGUUCAGGUGGGACCAUGCCUCUGAUCUGCAGAAUGCUGCAGUACCAAUCGGCAUGUCGCUAUCGCUGACUAUGUUGUUCGUAGCACUCUUAUUUGAAAGUCGGGAGAUCGAGCUCAAGUAG